AUGGAUAAGGCGGGCUCGCUGCACAGCUCGGUGCCCGGGCCGCCGCCCCGGCUCUACCUGCCGCGCAACUUCAGCUGCAGCGCCUGCCUCUAUGGCAGCCUGGCCGAGCAAUGCAGGGCGGGCUGCAGCCCCGACGGCGACGCCGCGCCCACGCCCGUGGUGCGGGAAGCGGCGGGCGAGAAGCCGCCGCCGACCCGCGGCCGGGAGCCCACGCUGCCCGCCGUGCCCCCCAGCCCCACGCAGCGCCGCCGCGCCAAGUCGCUGCCCACGCCCGGCGACCGCAGCCUGCGCCCCGCGCUGCAGCAAAGCCCGUCGCGCCGCAAGACCGUGCGGUUCGCCGACUCGCUGGGGCUGGAGCUCACCUCCGUGCACCUCUUCUGCGAGGCCGACCUGCCGCGGGUGCCGCUGCCCGCGCCGCCGACGCCGCGCCCCGCCGACCUCCUCAAGACCAGAAAGCCGCCGGCGCUGGGCGACCUAGAGCCGGUGCUGUUCGGGCCGCCGCCGCCGCUGCUGGAGCCGCUGUUCCCGCCGCAGCCCGGCGCCAGCCCCGGCUUCGCGGAGCGGGUGCGGCAGCACAAGGUGAGGCUGGAGUGGGUGCGGGCAGAGCCGGCAGCGCUGCGCGGGGCCGUGCGCGUCCUCAAUCUCGCCUACGAGAAGGUGGUGUCGGUGCGCUACACGCUCAAUGGCUGGGCCAGCUGCGCCGAGGCUGCCGCCACGUACCAGCCGCCCGCGCCGGCCGACGGCAUCACCGACCGCUUCGCCUUCCUGCUGCCCCUGGGCGCCGCCGCCGCCGCCGCCGAGACCACGCUGGAGUUCGCCGUCCGCUACCGCGUCGCCGGCGCCGAGUACUGGGACAACAACGAGGGCAAGAACUACCGGCUGCGGGGCCGGCAGCGCGUCCCGCCCGCCGCAGGGCCCCCGCAGGACCCCGACAGCUCUGCCUGGAUCCACUUCAUCUGA